UUUUAUCUUGUGAUGGUUUAUAUUGAUUUUAUUGGAUCCCAUACUGGUGUUUUUAUUUAGAUUAAGAAGAGUACAUGUUUAACUCAAACUUUGUAGUAUGGUUCAAAACCUUCUGAACAACAGCCAAUGGUAAAACAUUGGUCUAGAAGAAUCAGAGAUAAACUAAGAAGACAAAUAAAAACUACUCUAUGGGAUAGUGAUGAAGAUUACCUUUUCAAAAUUCUUUAAAAAAGUGCGGGGGGCAAAAUAAAUGCUAAUGAUUUUUUAAAAAAGUGUGGUAAUCUAAUGAGUAGCAUUGUCUACUUUGUUGCUUGCGCUAAUGACAAGUGUUAUGACUGAAGACACCCCAGGAGACCACUUUUAUCAAUUAAGCAAUUUUGCUGGUAUUUUAUAUCUACUGUUGUUGCCCUUUCAACUUCCAACCCAUCCAAAAGCUGAACAUUAUGAAUGGAUAAUCAAAUUAAAACAAUUUUUUUUUAGUUAAGAUUCAAGGAAUCUUUCAUAGGCAAAAGUUGAAUGUAUUCAUCAUUGAAUCACAUGUUCUAUUCUAUACUAUACCAACGACCCAAAUGGUUUUAGGGACUAUUUUUUGUUGCUUUUAAAUUGGCCAAUGCUAGCUUUGCAAUGAUCUUAGAGUUCCUGUAAAAGAAUAGGAAGAUACCUUUAAUAUUAUGCCAGUGGAUUUCCAACUUGUUCAAGAUGUAUAGCUUUAACAAGACAUAAAUAUUCAGAAAUAAACCGUUCUCUUAAGUUUGUUAUUAUUCAGCCAUUUUGUAAUUGGCAUUGGCCUCAUUAAUAUUCAUAUUUAACCACAAGAGAGGCGCUAUUGAGCAGGGGACAUUUCAAUAAAUUACUUCAAUAAAAACAAGCACUGUUUAAAACUAACUUUUGACUAAACAAAACAUUUAUAUAAAAAUAUGAAUACACUUAAAAUAUUUGAGGGGUUUAUAAUUUCCCCAGCUGCCCCUUUAAGCACCCACCACACAGUCUUUUCCUUGCCUUCAUUUUCUUAAAAAAGGCUAAUAUUCUAUCCACACAAAAUGGCUUACUUUUAAACUACUUCCUGUUCCAAGAGGAAGUGAUCCUUUUCCAAGGACUACAAUAUACAGCAAAGUAUUAAAUAAAAUAUAUGUAAAUUAAUAUUUGUGGGUCCCACCACUGGUGUUUAUGAGAUCUCAGCCACCCACAUAUAUGUUUGGGAAAGCCUUAAUAAAUGGGGUACCCCAUACUUUUACCCCAUCCAAGUGCUCUCUGAUAAUGGUGGAAAUGAAGGGGUGGGUCUUUGGUGCAUCACCUGAGUUGUGGGGUAAAUGUAGAGAGUGUCAAUCACAGGCAGAGCUCAGAGCUGGGAAGGAGCUACAGAUGGCGGCUGUGCCUUAGAGAGCAUACUCAGCUCGCAGCCUUCUCUUAUACUUCAUACAACUUUUGGCAACUUUGCACCGCCUCCUUUGGGUUUUUUGUCAUCUGGUAACCCCGUUAUGUGUCCUGGGGAGUUGGGAACCCCAGAAUUGUGAGGCUUUUUGAGCUUUUUUCUCCAGUUCGUUCCGAGAAAAGGAGCCGAGAAAUCUGCUUGUUGUUUUCCCAGCUCAUGGCGCACCUCCAUUUUUGUGCGCUUUGAACAGCCCUUCCUCCCGACCUCAUUUGCUGUAAUCAUACAGUAACCCUAGCACCCCUACAUUUAUUUAUAUUUAUUUUUUUCCUCACAAUCCUUUUUUUCCCCUUGGAUAUCGUCUUUUAAAAAAAAAAUUAAAAAAAUCUUUGUUUUACAUUUUUUUUUUGGAAUGCUACUUUCUUUCGCUUUGGAUUAAUACAUGGACUGAGCAGUAUAUACCACUUCAAAGGCCAGCUGUGCACCUGCCCCCCAACAUAUUUUAACAAAAUGAUGAAAAAUAAAGAUAACUCUUCCACACACGAGGACGGCUCGGCUCCCAGCAAUGCAUCAAGUCAUUCUGCAUCAGAGGAGUCUGUUCACUCUGCAUUUGGAUCAGACACUGGUAGCCAGUCAGAGAGUGAGCAAGCUAGCGAUCAAGGAAGCGAAUCAAACAGCAGCUCUGAAUCUUCUCAAAGCCAUUCAGAAUCUGAAGGGGACUCAACUGGUUCCAGAAAUCAAGGAACUCAUUGUGAUGCCAAAGAAAAGGCCCUUCCGAAGAAGGAGAGACUAGCCGACGUGAAAAAGAUGUGGGAAGAAUAUCCUGAUGUUUAUGGGGUUAGGAGGUCAAACAGAAGUAGACAAGAGCCAUCUCGAUUUAAUAUUAAACCUGAGACCAGCGGGUCUGAAAGUGAAAGCCCAAAACGAAGAGUCCUAAGAACAAGAAAGCCAGAGAAGAAAAAGACUUAUGAUGAUGAUGAUGAUGAUGAGGCUAGUAGUGCUGAAAGUGAUGAUGAAGAUAUGAAAGUCAGGUCUCGUAGACUGUUACCCAAACGUGCAGUGUGCAGGCCCAGUUCAAUAAAGACACGUGGAAAGAAAAGGAAGCAGGACUCUUCGGAGGAGGACGAUGAUGAUGAUGAUGAUGAUGACGACGAUGAUGAUGAUGAUGGAACACCUAAAAGACAAACCAGACGCAGAGUUGCUAAAAAUGUCAGCUACAAAGAAGAUGAUGACUUUGAGACUGAUUCAGAUGACUUGAUUGAAAUGGGGGGAGAUGAAGGAGAAGAACAACAGGAGGAGAAUCAAGAGACUAUAGAGAAAGUAUUGGACUCUAGGUUUGGAAAGAAAGGGGCCACUGGAGCAAUGACUACGUUAUAUGCUAUAGAAGAAAAUGGGGAUCCAAACUCUGACUUUAAUCCUGAAACUGAUGGAGAGAAGCAAUAUUUAAUUAAAUGGAAGGGCUGGUCCUAUAUCCAUAGCACUUGGGAAAAUGAGGACAUUUUAGAACAACAGAAAGUGAAAGGCCUGAAAAAGCUAGAAAACUUUAAGAAAAAGGAGGACGAAAUUAAACAAUGGUUAUCAAAGGUUAGCCCUGAAGAUGUAGAAUACUACAAUUGCCAGCAAGAAUUGACAUCUGAAUUAAAUAAACAGUACCAGAUAAUUGAAAGGAUAAUAGCUAUGAAGACUAACAAGUCCACAUCUGGAAAUUCUGACUUUCCAGUUAACAGCAGAAGACCCUCUGCUUCUAAUGAGCCAGAAUACCUUUGCAAGUGGAUGGGCCUUCCAUAUGCAGAAUCUAGCUGGGAAGAUGGAGCUCUUGUCGGAAAGAAGUUUCAGCACUGUAUUGACAGUUUCAACUGCAGGAAUAAUUCAAAAAACACUCCUGUGAAAGACUGCAAGGUUCUGAGACAUAGACCUAGAUUUGUAACUCUCAAGAAACAACCAUCUUAUAUUGGCGGAGAAGGACUCGAGCUAAGAGACUACCAGUUAGAGGGUCUGAACUGGUUGGCUCACUCGUGGUGCAAGAACAACAGUGUGAUUCUUGCUGAUGAGAUGGGCUUGGGAAAGACCAUUCAGACCAUAUCUUUCCUGUCCUACCUGUUUCACCAACACCUACUUUAUGGUCCCUUCAUUUUAGUAGUUCCCUUAUCUACCUUAACUUCAUGGCAGCGAGAGUUUGAAAUCUGGGCACCUGAUAUAAAUGUAGUGGUAUACAUAGGAGACCUUGGGAGCAGAAACACAAUACGGGAAUAUGAGUGGGUUCAUCAGCAGAGCAAGAAGAUGAAGUUUAAUGCACUACUUACAACCUAUGAGAUUUUGCUAAAAGAUAAGGUUGUCCUGAGCAGUAUUAACUGGGCUUUCCUCGGAGUUGAUGAAGCCCAUCGUUUAAAAAAUGAUGAUUCCUUGCUCUAUAAAACGCUCAUAGAUUUCAAGUCUAACCACAGACUACUAAUCACUGGAACACCCUUACAGAACUCUCUUAAGGAACUGUGGUCACUUCUACACUUCAUUAUGCCUGAGAAAUUUGAGUAUUGGGAAGACUUUGAAGAAGUACAUGGUAAAGGAAGAGAUAAUGGUUAUCAGAGUCUUCAUAAAGUUUUAGAACCCUUUCUACUGCGUAGAGUAAAGAAAGAUGUUGAGAAGUCUCUUCCAGCUAAAGUGGAGCAGAUCCUUCGAGUAGAGAUGUGUGCUCUUCAAAAACAGUAUUAUAAAUGGAUUUUAACAAGAAACUUUAAGGCCCUUACCAAGGGAACAAGGGGUAGCACAUCUGGCUUUCUUAACAUAGUGAUGGAACUAAAAAAAUGCUGUAAUCACUGUUACCUCGUAAAGUCCCCUGAAGAUGCAGAGAAGGAAUCCAGAGAAGAGGCUCUGCAGGCUUUAAUCAAGGGCAGUGGAAAGCUUGUUCUGAUGGACAAACUGCUAACAAGAUUACAUGAAAGAGGAAACAGAGUGCUUAUAUUCUCCCAGAUGGUGCGCAUGUUGGACAUACUAGCUGAAUAUCUCGCCAUUAAACACUAUCCAUUUCAGAGGCUUGAUGGGUCAAUAAAGGGAGAAAUAAGAAAGCAAGCACUGGACCACUUCAAUGCAGAAGGUUCAGAGGAUUUCUGUUUUCUGCUGUCUACUCGAGCUGGUGGUUUGGGAAUAAAUUUGGCCUCAGCUGACACUGUAGUUAUCUUCGAUUCAGAUUGGAAUCCCCAGAAUGACUUGCAGGCACAAGCCAGAGCCCAUCGGAUUGGACAGAAAAAACAGGUGAAUAUUUAUCGCCUUGUUACCAAAGGCACAGUAGAAGAAGACAUCAUAGAAAGAGCCAAAAAGAAGAUGGUUCUGGACCAUCUUGUAAUACAGCGCAUGGAUACUACUGGGCGAACUGUCUUGGACAACAACUCUGGAAACUCAAAUUCCAAUCCUUUCAACAAAGAGGAAUUGGCUGCUAUUCUGAAGUUUGGUGCCGUAGAUCUUUUCAAGGAGCCUGAAGGCGAAGAAUCGGAGCCACAGGAAAUGGACAUUGAUGAAAUUUUGCGCCUGGCUGAAACUAGAGAAAAUGAGCCAUCUUCUAGUGCAACUGAUGAGCUCCUGUCUCAGUUCAAGGUGGCCAACUUUUCAACAAUGGAAGAAGUAGAGCCUGACCUUGAGGACAAAUCUCACAAAGACUGGGAUGACAUAAUCCCUGAGGGCCAGAGAAAGAAGUUAGAGGAAGAGGCACGCCAGAAAGAGUUACAGGAGAUCUAUAUGCUUCCAAGGAUUAGAAGCCUUAAUAAAAAGACUCAAGCAAAUGACAGUGAAUCAGAUUUGGAAUCUAAGCAGAGAGCUCAGCGGUCUUCUGGAUCCGAUACUGACUCAGAUGACUCAGAUGAUGACAAAAAGCCAAAACGUAGAGGACGUCCAAAGAGUGUUAGGAAAGACACAGUGGAAGGAUUUACAGAUGCAGAAAUUAGAAGGUUUAUUAAAGCGUAUAAGAAGUUUGCCACUCCGCUUGAGAGACUAGAGUGCAUUGCUCGUGAUGCAGAACUCUUAGAGAAAUCUGUUGCUGAUCUUAAGAGAUUGGGUGAUCUCCUGCAUUCCAGCUGCUCAUUAGCCAUGCAGGAGUAUGAAGAUCAGCUUAAAGAAAAUCCCAAUGAUGGAAAAGGUCCUGGCAAAAGGAGGGGGCCGACAAUUAAAAUCUCUGGUGUCCAGGUGAAUGUGAAAACAAUAAUUCAGCAUAAAGAAGAUUUUGAGAUCCUCUUUAAAUCAAUUCCAACCAACCCAGAGGAAAAGAAAAUAUUUAAAUUGGCAUGUCGGGUAAAAGCUGCCAAUUUUGAUGUUCCCUGGGAAGUAGAAGAGGAUUCCCGCUUGCUUCUGGGGAUUUUAGAACAUGGUUAUGGAAAUUGGGAACUCAUUAAAAAUGACCCAGAACUUAAGUUAACUGAAAAGAUCUUGCCUGUGGAAAAUGAGAAGAAACCUCAAGCCAAGCAUUUGCAGAGUAGAGCAGAUUAUUUGCUUAAACUUCUUAAAAAAAUAAUGGAAAAAAAAGACGGUCAAGGAGAUGAGAUUAAAACAAAGAAAAGGAGACCACGUGCAAAGAAAGAUGGUGCUGCCAAGGUGAAAAGUGAGCAUGGCAAUGACCUAUCUUCUCCUAGGCACUCUGACAACCUCUCUGAAGAGGGAGAAGUCAAGGAGGAUGGUGCUGAUAAAAGCCCAAACAAGAAAAAAGAGAAGAAAAAAGAUAACAAGGAAAACAAGGAUAAGCAAAACCAAAAGAAAGAAGUUUCCAAAGUAAAAGGAAAGACUAAAGAAAAAAAGGAGAGGCCAAAACGUGGUGAAUCAAAGACUGGAGCCAAGGCCAGGAAGAACCAGGGACCUGUCCAUAUUACUGCUGGAAGUGAGCCUGUCCCCAUUGGUGAGGAUGAGGAAGAUGAGCUGGAUCAGGAAACCUUUAGCAUUUGCAAGGAGAGAAUGAGGCCAGUGAAAAAAGCUCUCAAACAGUUGGAUAAACCAGAUAAAGGGCUGACUGUUCAGGAGCAACUGGAGCACACUCGCACCUGUUUGCUGAAAAUUGGAGACCGAAUUUCUGAGUGCCUUAAAACCUACUCUGAUCAGGAGCAUGUGAAGUUGUGGAGAAGAAACCUUUGGAUUUUUGUGUCUAAAUUCACGGAAUUUGAUGCCAGGAAGUUGCACAAAUUAUAUAAGAUGGCACACAAGAAGAGAUCACAAGUAGAGGAGGAUCAGAAAAAGAAAGAUGUACCUAGCACCAAGAAACCUUUUAGACCAGAUCCCUCUCUGUCAAGUCGAGAGUCUACAGUGUCCCAGCCUCACAUUGCUCCUGUGCCGCCAAAAUCUCACCAACCACCACAUCCCACACAGAUACAUGGGCACCAAAGAGAAAAUUAUGCAAAUCCCAACAAGAGGAUUUUCAACAAUACAGAGAGAGAAGAGUGGAGAGAUCGGAAAUUUAACUAUGGUGGUGGCAGCAACAACAAUCAACCAUGGUCAGGAGAUAGACAUCAUCCAUAUGACCGUUACAAGGAUCACCACUAUUCUGACCGACGUCCACAUGGGGAUCCUCGAAGGAAUUCUGCAAACUACAGGCAGAACAACAUGCCCCGGAAGAGACAGUAUGACCAGUAUGACAAUGACCGUGAUCACAGAGGACACAGAGAAUAUUAUGAUAGGCAUCAUCAUGAUAACAAGCGAAGACGAUCUGAUGAAUUCCGUCCCCAGGGUUACCACCAACAGGACUACAGAAGAAUGGGGUCUGAUCACAGACCACCCAUGGGCUACCAUGGUCAAGGGCCUUCUGACCACUAUCGCUCAUUUCAUACAGAAAAGCCUGGUGAUUAUAAAGGUCCUCAUCAGUCUUCAUCUUUGUCUGACCCUCGUUCUCCCCCAAAGCCAAGAUCCCCACAUGAAUCAAAAUCUCCAAUGGACAGGUCAUUGGAUCAAAAAAACACUGAUUUCAACUGGAGUGUGAGAAAAACAUAAGGGAGACUUGAUUUCAUACAGUUCUGAAAACUCUAAGGAGAUCAAUUAUAACAACUUGCAUCUUGCUGCUAUAGACCAUUCAUUCAACUCAUUGAAGAUUAGAUGGUUAUGGACUCCCAACUUAGAUACAGCUACCAUGAGGAAGAUUUCCAGCACUUGUGCCAAGACAGAAUGGUUUUGAUCAGUCUUUUUUGUUUUACCCCACACACACUUGCAACACUUUUGUAAUGGUUCAGGUGAGCCAACCCCACUUUUUUCUUUGGUUUUAUGAAUUUAAAACAUAUAAAUUAAUUUUUGAAGGAGCUGGUGAUAAAACAUUUCAUAUUCAAUAAUAUGUAUCCUGAUGCAGUUUACAUGGCUGAGACAUUUAACCCAUUGCCUUUGCACUCAACACUGCUAAAUGUACUUAUAGUUCAGUGCUAUCUCUGCAAUAGUUGCCUGCAUACUCAACAUAAAAAAUGGUUGCAAGGAGGAGUAGGGGUUAUAGGCAAAGAUAGCUCCUUUCUGUAACUUCGAAGACCAAUAUAGGAUAAUCACUUUUCAGACAUUUUGAGAGAUUUUCUUGCUGUCCUGGGACCCUCAGAAAACAAACUGUAUGAAUAUGUAAAUAUAGGAAUUUUCAAUUUCAGUGUACAUAAGUAAAAAAAAAAAAAAAUUAAAUGCUUUAAAACUUAUUUUACUAUUAAAUCCCUCUCUCUCAGUAUUUUUGUAAACUUCUCUGGCAGAAUACAACCUUACAUAGGUACGUACAGAUAUUUGAUUUUUCUAAUGUUGCUAUUUUAUCUUGUUUCCCACCUUGUAUUAGAUUGCACUAAAUUGUGCUUUAUUAGUGGUAUCUACAAGAUCGCUUAUAUUCUUCCUAAAGGGCAAGGUAUGAAUGUCUAGCUAUUUUUAAAAGUGGUCCAGGCAUAUACAUUUAUGUGGCUUUUGUAUAUUUACAUUUUAGUUUACUGAAAACUUUUCUUAUUUAUUGGUGUACAGGUUUGUAAUUGAAAUCAAGGAUUUCAAUGCACCUUUAAUAUGGAGUAUUUGGAAGUAUGAUUAGUCACCAUACACUAAAUGUUCAUAAACUGCAAUGCCUGUCUCUGCACAAAUGUGGAAGAAAAUGAUAUAUAUUAUCAUUGAAAGUUUGUUUUUUGUAAAGCUAAUGUAAACUCAACAAUUAUCUAUCGCACUGGUUUUCAAACCUGUCUUCAGGCCUCCCUAACAGGUCAGAUUUUGAGGAUAUCUGAACUUGGGCACAGGUGAAAUAAUCAGCUGAUUAGUAAAACAUGGUUAUUUUACCUGCUUUCACCCAAGGUAAUCGUAAAACUCUGGCCUGUUAGGGAGGCCUGAUGACAGGUUUGAAAAAAAGGUGCUCUAUCAGAAGAUUUGUAACCUCUGCACUUUAUUUCCUUAUGUUUUUGCAGCUAAAGUCUAUAUACUAGAUUUGUACCUGGAAAAUUCUAUAGUUGGCUAGCAUGUCUUUCACUGCCAGAAAAACCUUUUGUAACCUUUUCAUAAGACUACUCUCCAAUAUACAGCUACCACAAUCAACUGUUAUUGUAAACUAAUUAUGUACUUUAUUUAUUAAGUAUACAUUGUUUUUCUAUUCGAUAUUUGCAGAGUAAACUGUUGGACUGAAUUCAUUUAUGUAGCUUCAAAUGCUUUAACUGCUAACCUGUAAAUUCAGAAACAUUUUCAGUGACUCUUGACAAGAUAAUUUAUAAUCAACUCCAUUAAUGUAAUAUGUCUCCAGAAAAAUAAUCCAGUAAAUGACUGUUAGAUUAAACUGUAAGGUUAUGAAUUUGUGUCUGUUAUGAGUCCUGAAAUUUAGAUUAAAGAACUCAAGACAAGUUUUUAUUGAACAUUCUCUAAAAGCUGGUUACACAUAUGCCACAGUUUGGAUUUUUGUUUUAAAGGUUAGCACACACUAUUAUGAUUGUGCUAAUAUAAAUAAUUAUGGAAAGACAUUUUUUUUUUUUUGCACAUACAAUUAACAAGAAGCCUUGUGUAUUGCUAUGAGGAUUCACAUAUGCGUUUUGUCUGUGCACUUGCAGAAACCUUUGAGUGCCUUUCAGAUGUAUUUUACAGUCUGAGUAAUUUAAAGCUGUAUUUAAUUGUGUAAGCUAAACAUUUGCUAUAACUUAUAUAGUAUGGAUCAUUUCUAAUGAGUCUUGAAAACAUUACAAAGGUAUCUAGCAACAGUGGGACUUAAGUUGUCUUAUAAAACCCCACCCCUCAUUAGCAUUGUUAUAACAAACCUAUCAGAAACUUUGAUCUGUCACAGAAUUGAGUAUUAAAUGGAAGAGAAUUCCCUUUUGCUAAACAAGCUAAUCCUGAUAUUAUUAUCAACCUUACCACAGAUUACGGUAACCAAUUUGCGGUUUAAACUACAAUGGGAAUAUAACUGUUUACCGUCACUUUAAAGAGACUUAAAACCUAAACAUUUUCUUUCAUGAUUCAGACGGAACAUACAAUUUAACAACUUUCCAAUUUACUUCUAUUAUCAAAUGUUCUUCGUUUUCUAGUUAUCCUUUGUUAAAACGCAGGAAGGUAAGUUCAAGUGAGUGCACGUGUCUGCAGCACUAUAUGACAGCAGUUUUGCAAUGUUAUACAUUAGCAAGAGCACUAGAUGGCAGCACUAUUUCCUGUCCUGUAGUAUACCAGACGUGUGCGCUUCCUAUCUAGAUAUCUAUUCAACAAAGAAUAACAUAGGAACAAUGCAAAUUUGAUGAUGGAAGUCAAUCAGAAACUUUUUUAAAAAUUGUAUUCUCUAUCUUAACCAUAAAAGAAAAUAUUUUAGGUUCCUGCUCCUUGUUUAAUUAGUAUAUGUAAAAGUUCUAGACUAAGAGAGCACCAUCACACAAACUGAGGAAGACCAUGAGCUGCGUGGAGAGCCAUGAACAGUAUCCUGCUAUUUAAGAGUAUACAAUCAUGGUAUUAUAAUUUCCAUACAGAAAGAAACAGAACCAAAAUAGCUUAUCAAGAACAGCACAUAAAUAAAUGUAAUAUUUGUACCUCAUGUUGUUAAACAGUACAUUGCUGUUUAAUAUCCUUUUAACACCCUUCUAAGUGGUAAACGUUUUAUUAUUUAAGUAGAGGAUUCCAGUGUUUGGCUUUGUAUGUCAGAAAUGCAUAUAUGUUCCACAUGAAAAUCUUUCUCAUAUCAUUACAUAUUUUAUUUUUGUGAAUCUUUUCCAGAAAUGUCUGUCUUUUAUUAAUAUUAUGAUUAAAGUUAAACAGACGGGCUGUAAUAACCUUAUAAUGCUGUAAUGUAGGAUAACGAGCAGAUAAACUGUUUGGCCUUAAAGAGGCAUUUACUGUAGAUUUUUUCUUCAUUGUGUUAUUUAACCCCUUAAAGCAAUGGGGCUCUCCACUCAAACACCUACUUUGUUAAAAAUCAAAGAAUAAAACUAUUGUAUUUAAAGAUAUUUACCAUGAUGUUUUGUUUGUUUUUUGUUUGUUUUUUAAUUUAUGAUGAUAAACCAAAUUGUGGUUUCUGAAAUUUAAUUUAAAAGAUUACAUAUCAUUUCUCCCUUAAUGUAUUAUAGCAAGCACAAAAGUGUUUAAAUUUUACAUGAGCUGAUAUAAAAACAGAUGAGCAGUUUAUUAAUUUAAACCAAUAGACUUUGUAUCCAGCCAUCCUGCUUUCUGUAUUCUGUCAUGAGCGGGUAGGUAUGGACUUUUUAGGCAAUAAUUAUUUAUCUUUGUGUAAAGGCUAUUGUGUUCAGUGUUUUUCUAUGUAAAUAGGAUGUUUAUAUAGUAUUUGUUAAAUUUUCCUGUAUUGUAAAACUGCUGUACUUUUCAUUCCUGUAUAUUAAAAUGUGAGUUUUUCAGAA